GAGCGAAGGCAGGCGCUGCCUCCCAUCCGUGAGCAUCCCUCCCCGCGGCCCCAGCCCCAGCGCCCCGCCGGCCGCGCAGGAGCAUCCCGGCGAGGCAGCAGCAUGGCCGCGGAAGCAGGUUGCUGAGCUAGCCGGCUGCCUGCUGCAGUGGUUCUGCACCCCCCGGGAGGAAUUGCCGAGAAGAUCCGGCGGGCCCCGCUGAGCAAACUCAGCUGGCGUGCCGAUUAUCCUCACUGCCGGGACCUGCAGCGCUAUUGCUAUGUCCCUGCCGGGAAGCAGACGGUCCUCCACUGGCUCUCGAAGCCGGGGGUUUUAUGGACGGAGUGGCUUGGCCUCGUUCUUUAAGUCUUCAGCGCCCCCUGCCACUCCGACUGAGAAACAGCCUCUUCUUCCUGCCUCCAGGCGCCCCUCUCCCCCCGUGAGCAUGCGGGACACCUACGGCACCUCUUCGCUCAGCAGCAGCAGCAACUCGGGCUCCUGCAAGGGCAGCGACAGCAGCCCCACCCCAAGGCGGCCCAUCAAGUAUAGUCUGUGCAGCGAUAACCAUGGGAUAAAGCCCCCCACUCCUGAGCAGUACCUGACCCCCCUCCAGCAGAAGGAGGUCUGCAUUAGACACCUGAAGGCCCGGCUGAAGGACACCCAAGAGAGACUCCAGGACAGGGAUACUGAGAUUGAGGAUCUGAAGACCCAGCUCUCAAGGAUGCAGGAGGACUGGAUCGAGGAAGAGUGCCACCGUGUGGAGGCCCAGCUGGCACUCAAGGAGGCCCGGAAGGAGAUCAAACAGCUAAAGCAGGUGAUUGACACCGUGAAGAACAACCUGAUGGAGAAGGACAAAGGCCUUCAGAAAUACUUUGUGGACAUCAACAUCCAGAAUAAGAAGCUGGAGACACUGCUGCACAGCAUGGAGAUAGCACAGAAUGGGGCUGUGAAGGAGGAAGGGGCUGGGGAGUCGGUGGGGGGCUCUCCAGCCCGGUCGCUCACCCGCAGCUCCACCUACACCAAGCUGAGUGACCAGGCAGCAGGGGACAGAAACGCUGGCGACUCACAGACCCUGUCAGCUGAGGAGGUGUUGGACAGUGGCUUCGUGGCUGCAGAUGACUCGCUGAGCCGGACGGACUUGCUGGAGCAGAGCAGCCUGCUCUCGUCAGGGGUAGAGUUCUGCACAGAGGAGGGGUCUCUACAGAGCUCCUUCACGCUGGGCUCCAGACUUCCCACCAGCUCCACCUAUGAGAAACUUCUGGGUACACAAGGCAGCGUGGAGGCUGGAGUGCAGGCGAGCUGCAUGCAGGAGCAGGCCAUCCAAACUGACUUUGUGCAUUACGAACCGGACCUGGACACUAUCCUGGAAAAGGUCAUGAAGUCCCAGGCUUGCAGUCUGGGCAGCCCCACUUCAGUGUGGGUGUCCGAAAUGGAAGACAUAGUGCCCAGCUCAGAGACUCAGGCCCAGAACUUCUCCGGGACCACGGACUUGAUGGCGACUGAACCCAACUCCGCUGUGGUGGUGACUGCAGGAGACGGGCCAGAGACUCCGGAGGGGCAAGAGGGCUGCCAGGGGCUGGUGACCAGCAACCCUGCUGUGCACCAGCCCUCGAGCACUAGCCAGUCGGUGAGCGUCGUUUGCACCCUGGAGGAAGACGCUGCCGAGCUGAGCCAGGAGCCCGCAGCACCGAAACCCUAUUGGAGCCGCCAUUUCCUUGUGGAUCUGCUGGCCGUGGUGGUGCCGGCGGUGCCCACGGUAGCCUGGCUGUGCCGUACUCAGCGAAGGCAGGGCCAGCCCAUAUACAAUAUCAGCUCGCUGCUCCGCGGGUGCUGCACGGUCGCUCUGCACUCCUUACGCAAGGUCAACUGUCGUUCCGUUGGCAGCGUGCGAGAUAGCAGCUGCAGCUCCCCGCCCUGACUCCCCUCUUCCACCAGCCAAACACACUGCACGUGCUUCAAGGUACGACUUUGCGAAACCACCAGAAUUUAUUUGACCACUGAUUGUAAAUUCCAGACACGCAAAACGUUCGUUUUAUUUAUUCGAAGAACAUGGGCGACUUGAAAAGGAGGACUUGUGGCACCUUAGAGACUAACCGAUUUAUCUGAGCAUGAGCUUUCGUGAGCGACAGCUCACUUCAUCGGAUGCACCCUGACAUCCUCUGAUCUGCUGCAUCUAGAAUCUGCACUUCCAGGGGGCCUGCCAGGGGCCUGAGGAAAUGAGCUUCUGGGUUUGCUUUGGCUUCUGAGAUGUUUGAGGAAUUAAAAAAGGCCAAUUCUGGAAGCGCAGAGUUGAGGGGGGGGCCACCCCAGCCUCCUGCUGAAGGACACUUGCCCGGCAGGCGAUGUAGCUGAUGGAUUUUGCACUGUCCACAAGCGAAGUCUGUGUAGCACAGAUGUGUAUGUACAGGGUGCGUCUACACAGCGCAACCUCCUGCGGCAGCAAGGCUCAGAGCCCGGGUCAGCUGUCUCAGGCUCGCGCUGCAGGGCUACAUAUUGCAGUGUCAGCAUUCCUGCUCAGGCUGUGAGACCCUCCCCGCACCAGGUAUCGGAGCCCAGACUCCAGCACAACCCCAACUUGCUGUUUUGAACCCUGCUGCAGAAGCCCGAGUCCGUUAACCUUAUACUCUGAGACUUGCUGCCACGGGACCCUUUUUUGCUGUGCAGAUGUACCCACGGUCACUUCAUCUAGAGAGAAAGAGCACUACAAACCCUUUCCUGGACUGAUGGAUCCCUUCCCCCUACACCUUUCCUCCCCUGACUAGUCCUCUUCUGUUGUUCCCUCGGGACAUGGCUGGGUCAUUUGAAAGGCUAGCUGCCCAGCUGGCCUUUUAUUGUAUCGUACUUGUUCUUACAGUUGUUCCUGAGUCCCAAGAGGAAAACACCAUGCCUGCCGUCAGCGUGAGGGGAGUCCUGCGGGUAAAACCUGCCCAGUGCUCUGGGGACACAGGUUAAUGGUUGAAGUGGCUGCAGCUCUCAAGUGACGUUGCUUGCAGAGACUCAUUUUAACGUGUCGAGAACAAAGGGGAAAUCAAGACGGCAUGGGCAGGAGAGAUGGGGACAAGGGCUAGAAUGGGGGAGGUGCCUCUCUAGAAUAGAUGUCCUUAUUCCCAACAUGCUUUGCAGAAUAAACAGGGAGAGGACUGAAUUCCCGGUUUGCAGAGAGGAGUCUAGUCUAAAUCAGUGUGAGAGCCGAUGCAGAACGUGGCUUCCCUCCUUCUAGGAGCAGGGUGGAGCAACGAGGGUUGCCCAAGUCUGCUCCCGUUGCCAGUGGCAGAGUCAGUGACUCAGAAUCCCUUCCCCCAGAGGAUGGGGUCAGAGGACAGAGUGGACAGAUGCUUGCCUACAAAUUCACUUUGGAAACCACGUGAACGUCACUCCCUUAUCCUUGUCCCCUCCUGGGGAUUUGGACCUGUUGGUUCAAGUCCUGCUUUGCUGACCCAGUUCUAAAGCUUUUCGCCUCCUGGAAGAUGUGACAGUAAGGGCCCAGUGGCCAAGCGAGAGAAGCCAGAUAUACCUCAUGUGAAUCUCCAUAGCCAGAGCCACCUGCUGUAUCUCUGUGCAGUAUUGCAUAUGCACCCAGGCUGCCCAUGGUGAGAACUCCUUAAAUUCUGUUUCUUUCAUUCCGUGCUUUGCACCAUGUUCACUUUUUGCAAACAGAAGCUCCAUUGUGGAAAUUUCUGUGCUGCACACCUCAGAUGGCUGCAGGUUUCAAAGACAGGCUGACAUCUGCACUGCAGGUGCAGGGUUUAGGGUUACACUCAGACAAGGACGAGCCAAGGCCCCGGAGUCCUUUGAUGCUGCUCUGCUUCCAUCCCAGCUCUUCGUCCUGGAGCAGAGAGAAGCAGCUGGGGUUUCCUCAGGCCGGAGACGCGGCUCCCUUCAGUACUGAAGUGUCCGAUAGGAGUGCAGGGUGAGAGUGUUUUGGUUACGCUAGGGGUGGGGGGGCAUCUGGCUGCCCAUUGCCGCAGAGCUUUCGGUGCUGAUUUUGACAGCUGGAGAUGCCUGAAACUGGCAUGGAGUUGUGAUUUGUUUUCAGUGGUGGCGGGGACAGAACAGAGAAGGCAGAGGGCCAUGCAGGGCACAGGGAGCGCAUAGCCCUGUUCUCUGGAGGCAGCUUGUCUAAAACUUAGGCUGGCAGAAAACAUCUUCAAGUGGCCUCCUGAAAUCCCUUUAAAAGCCAAAUUUCACUGCCGAGAUUGAUCAGCUGGGGACAAAUGCCUAGAGAAAAUGAGGCCUCAUCCAAACCAGUUCCUCUGCCAAUCUAGAUGUUCAGAGCAAGCCUGCUGGCGUACACUCCAGCGCUCCGAUGGGUAAUCGGCUCGGGGUUGUCUGCAGUGUUCAGCCCUGAGAGUGCAUAAAAUCAACUUGGGGUUUGGGUGGCCUUGCCCCUGUCUUCUCUGUGAAGUGACUGACCCAAAGGGCCAGGCCUUCAGAAUGGCGAGUGCAUUUUUGUGUAUACACACACACACACACACACACACAUGCAUGCACAGUGAUAACUAUGCACAUAUACUUUGUUUACAGAAUUGCACACGUGUUUCUGAAUCUGGCUGCAAAGGUUUUGUUUACCCUGAUGAUUACUUGAACAAACAAUGUUUCUUCUUUUACGUCCCCCCCAACCCUCCCAGUCCCGCUGCCAUCUCCUCCACACACAUUGGGUGAGGGAGUAUUUAUUUUAAUAGUUUCAUUUUGUGAUGGUUUAAAGCUAGUUUUCUGGCGGGGUCCAAUCAUCUGGGGCUGAUCACAUUGGUACACCUCCCAGGGUUUUUUGCCCUUUGGUCAGACCAUCAAACAGCUUUAUUUAGACUUUACCAGAGAUGGCUGACUACCUUGGUCAUGUGUCCUGCCCAUUUGUUGAGGGGGGCAGGGGGGGCAGAGGGGUGUUGCUGCAUGUGUUGAUGAUGCCACAUGCUCGUACUUUCACAACCUGUGUCCAGCACGUCUGGACUGUCACAAAUCAAUAUCCCUUUGAGACAAGCGCUUGUUGCAGGGUAAAAGUGGGCUACUGAUUUUCAAAAUGUGGUAGCCAGUGGGGGAGCCUGGAGUGAAGGAGCCUUGGGUUUGAUAAUGUAAUCUAAAGCAUUUGGGGAGAAAUGGACAAAAUCCAGUCAAAAUGGCAACUGUAAUUGGAACUAGGAUCUAAGGCUCUUGUGCAAUGUAUUUGUGAAUGUGUGUACAUGUCUGUUAGACGAUCCAAAGCUCUGCCGAGAAAUCAGUGUAGGGUUAUAUUUGAAAGAGAAAUCUAUAUAUUUUUUAAAUACAGAACUUAAAAGCUGUAACCACUUUUUGUUCCCAGGGGCCUGUAAUCUUUGUCUGUUGGUGGAUGUAAUAAAUGGCAUUGGGUCUC